CUGUGUGUAAACUAACGAUAUAGGAGAAGCAACACAUUGAUCUUUCGACGGAUGAGGACUCAGCAGAGUAACGAGGGGAGGGGACCCCACACAGCCUGUAGCUGUAACAGUAGCGGCAGCUCUGCGCUCUCUCCUGGAUCUGAUACGGACAGUAGUGGUGGCUUGGGUGUUGUCGGUGGUGUCAGAGUGGUUCUUUCCAGGUACUGGAGCCUUGAGAGUCUGUAUUCUGCUUCUGUUAUCAAUGAUGGAGCAUCUGAUAAAACUGCUCUCCAGGAUGAUGUGGGUAGUGAAGAAGACUUCUAUGAAGAUUUUCGUAGUUCCAAUCUUUAUUUUGGUCACACUGGAGGUGGAGGGGAACAGCUGGCCAUAAAUGAGUUGAUUAGUGAUGGCAGUGUGGUAUAUGCAGAGGCCCUUUGGGAUCAUGUCACCAUGGAUGACCAGGAGCUGGGUUUUAAGGCUGGAGAUGUGAUUGAAGUAAUGGAUGCUAGCAAUAAGGAGUGGUGGUGGGGAAGGAUUCUGGACAGUGAGGGAUGGUUUCCAGCUAACUUUGUUCGGCUCCGUGUUAAUCAAGAUGAACCCAUGGAAGAAUGCUUAGCAAACUUUGAUGUUGGGAAAAAUAAAGAUUCGAUCUGUACAAUGCACCAUCAUGGACCUGGACUCCUCUCCAAAGACCAGAUGAGAACUAAUGUCAUAAAUGAAAUCAUGACUACAGAAAAAGACUAUAUCAAGCAUUUAAAGGAUAUCUGCGAGGGUUAUAUUAAACAGUGCCAAAAAAGAAUGGAUAUGUUCACAGAUGAUCAGCUUCACAUUAUUUUUGGGAACAUUGAAGAAAUCUACCAGUUUCAGAAGAAAUUCCUUAAAGGUCUGGAGAAGAAAUUUAAUAAGGACCAGCCUUACCUCAGUGAAAUUGGCUCCUGCUUUUUAGAACAUCAAACUGAUUUCCAGAUCUACUCAGAAUACUGCAACAAUCACCCUAAUGCCUGUGUGGAGCUCUCCAAGCUAAUAAAGAUCAAAAAGUAUGUUUUCUUCUUUGAAGCAUGUCGGUUACUCCAGAAAAUGAUUGAUAUCUCAUUGGAUGGCUUCUUGCUCACACCAGUCCAAAAGAUCUGUAAAUACCCACUACAGCUUGCUGAACUGCUGAAAUACACCAGUCCUUGGCACAGAGAUUAUAAAGAUGUGGAGGCAGCCUUAAUUGCAAUGAAGAAUGUUGCCAGGCUGAUUAAUGAGAGGAAGCGGCGCCUAGAAAACAUCGAUAAAAUUGCCCAAUGGCAAAGUUCAAUAGAGGAUUGGGAGGGAGAAGAUGUGUUAAGCAAAAGUUCUGAGCUAAUUUUCUCUGGAGAAAUGACUAAAAUCUCCCAGCCCCAAGCUAAGAGCCAACAGCGCAUGUUCUUUUUGUUUGAUCGUCAGCUGAUCUACUGCAAAAAAGAUCUCUUACGUCGUGACAUCCUGUACUACAAGGGACGAAUAGAUAUGGAUGCCUUGAAAAUACAGGAUAUAGAGGAUGGUAAAGACAAGGAUUUCAAUAUGAGUGUUAAAAAUGCCUUCAAGCUACUCAGUCCAGUCAGUGAGGAGGUCCACCUAUUUUGUGCCAAGAAACCAGAACACAAGCAACGAUGGCUCCGUGCAUUUGAGGAUGAGAGGAAACAAGUUCAGCAUGACAAAGAGACAGGUUUUGCUAUCACUGACAUCCAGAAGAAACAGGCAAUGCUGAAUGCAUGUAAGUCCCAUCCAGCAGGCAAGGCCAAAGCUGUCACGAGACCAUACUAUGACUUUCUGCUGCGCCAGAAGCAUCCUGUCCUUUCUGCCACCCUGCCACAGCAGCAAGGAGUCAUGUUGGCAGAGCCUAAACGCAAGCCUUCCACAUUCUGGCAGAAUAUUGGGAAGUUGACACCUUUUAAGAAAUGAAAAUGUGAGAGUAACACAUUUUCAGUUUAAAUUGUUUUUUUAUAUAUAAAUGUUGUUCCUCCCUUGUA